AACAACAAAGAAGAUAAUUGUAGUGAACAUGUAGAUUAGGAGAAGUCUCCCUCUGCUUGUACAGUAAGCGGUUUGGCUGCUGUGCUCAUGGCAUUUGUAUUUCAACGGUAAUUUGCAUUUUGCGCUGCUGGGUUCGUGCGCGGGACCCGUCCAUGUGCACAGAGCGAGGGGAAGAAGAGGAGCAGAUGUGCGGCUGCGUCAGAUUAGCCACACUGCUGUUAGCAUUUUAGCUGCGUAUGCAUCUUGAACAACAGAACAAUGACGUCAGCUUCCACUAAAGUCGGGGAGAUAUUCUCUGCAGCUGGAGCUGCCUUCACCAAGCUCGGGGAGCUCACCAUGCAGCUGCAUCCAGUGGUGGACUCCAGCCCUGCAGGGGGUCAGACCAAGAGCACAGUGAAGAGGAAGCUGUAUGAAGACGGAGCUCCGCUCACCACCUGUGACGGGCCCAAGAAGGCCACCAAGAAAGCCGCUGUGGGCACCCCGAAUCUCAUCUCUGUGCCCACAGCUCAGGUCGGGGUGCCGUCACGUCUUCAGAGCCCCAGCUCCAACCAGGCGCCUCUGAAGAAACAGAAGACUGCAGACGUGACCCUCAGCGCUCUGAACGACUCAGAUGUCAACAGUGACCUUGUGGAUAUCGAGGGACUAGGUCAAGGGUCCAACUCCAAAAAACUCAUCAACUUUGAUCAAGAUAAUCUGAACCUGGACUCCAGCCUCAUCAUGAAUCCCAGUGAUCUUCCUCUGCUCUCCCGCUGACCUCUGACUUCUACUUCCUGUCGUCUUCAUACAUAAAAACGGGGGGAAUACAGCAUGUUGUACAUAAAUGAACUGUGCUACAGGAUGCUGAGUCCGUGUCAUACAGGACAUUUGGAUCAUUUUUAUUUAAGACAUUUGGUUUUUUUCAUGUGGAAUUAGUUCCAAAGUUUAGUACGAGGUUCUGAGAUUCACUCCAUCUUUAAAUAGAAAACAGGAAAAAGAAGAUCAGGUCAACAUUGCUUCAUUGUGUUUCAUGUUCAAGUCAGUCAAACCACAUAGUAACAAUGGCUCCACGAGCAGAACUCUAUUUGUACUAAACCAUUUUCAGUGUGAGUUGACUGAGGUUCCAUUCAGUCCUGGUAUUAAAGGGACAGUUCAAGUUCUUUUGAAGUGUAAUUGUGCCUUUAUAUCCAGUCAAGACUGACUGGUGCGUGCUGCCGUGUCACAUGAACACAAGUAAUUGGAAUAAAAGCCUCAUCAGCCUCAAAUGAACCAAAUUUCAUUCGGAAGAAGAGUGCUAGUAUACGGCGAUCGUCAUUCGAAACAAUGUUUCUAUAAACUGUUGAUCGGAUCAUGACUCCCUUGUUUGGUGCUAGCAUGUGUCUGAUUCAAAGAAUAAUGAACAGACACGAAAGUCACAGACGGGGAAGAUGAGUAAAAUGCGAAGGAUAUUGGACAGCGAGGGAAUCUCAGUUGGAUUCAAGACCUGUACAUGUGAAUGGAUGACUUGGUAUGAAUGUUGAUACCAGGUCUGAAUGUGGCCUAAAUGUCUUGUGUUGCUGUAAAUGACAUAAAGUCAUUUGUGUCAUGCUCCAUUUAGCAUCAUAAUCAUAUCACAUAAUAUUGAAAAGAGAACAUCAUUUUUUGUGUAGAUUAGACGAUAUUUUGUAAGAACAGAUAUUAAAGUAGCAGGAACUUGAAA